GCGGCAACCCACAUAGCCUAUAGCUAUAACAAUAAGCAAUAACAUCAUUUUCCAUCUCCAUGCUCUUAGAAUAUAAUAGGCCAGUCUUCAAUUAAAAUUAAAAACAGUAUAAACCUUUCAAACUGCUUAAGUCAAGCAUAAUAAUUUAGUCGCGACUUGUGUGUCAAGUGUAAACAGACAAUUAGAAAAUAGUAGAAGCGGGUGAAUGUCUAGACAUAUUUACCAAUAAUUGUUGCUAUUUGUGGCAUAAGCGUUGUCAUUCAUUCCUUCCCUUCCCCUCCCUUUGAAUCACACGUGAUGAAAGCGGUCAUGUCUGAAUAUUAUGACGUCACGUAUUGUAUGCAAGUAAUUGCAAUGAAAUGAUGGAUGGCCUAUAAUUAGAGUCACAUACGAUAGCUAGUGAACUUCGUGACACAAUUUACGAACUGUAAAACUGUUCGCUUGCCAAAACAUGUCUAGUAACCUAGAAUUUGCUCGCUAUACGAUCAUCGUGCUGACAGCCGUUUUAUGGUGCCAUUUAGUUUCUGGUUUUCAAUGGGUCUCUGAAUACCAACCUAGUCAAGCCCUUCCAGGAGAUAAUAUUACUCUCCACUGGACUUACACACUCUCCCCUGCUGAGCAGAAGAUAGCUGAUAAAUACUCUCUGCUGAUGUUAGAACGAGAGAAAUAUCUGUAUAGUGAUGAGUGGAUAUCUGUUGGUUUAAAACAGCCUCAUGACAAUCGUUACCAGCUAGCAUCCUCUGCCGAAGGCGUGAAAUUAUUGGAUGGCGAGGGUUUUAAGAUUUUGUUGACAAAUACAAGUGUUUUCUCAGAAACACGAUUUAGAUGCAGACUUUUUAGUGCAUUUGCUGCACCCGCAAGCAUAUUACUGCCAAAUGUGAAGGACCCGCCGUUAUCUGUUCGACUAGUGGGUAGUAGUGUCUCAGGCACUGGCCGUGUUGAAGUUCUUCACAAUGGGUACUGGGGCACAGUCUGUACAGAAGGCUGGGGCCUAAAGGCCGCCAUGGUCACUUGUCAAAUGCUGGGUUACAAAGGAGCCUCACUCUCGUCGUGUCAGGGCAACUGUGGCAGAGGGCAGGGCCCUAUCUGGCUCAGUGGCCUGCAGUGCCAAGGGACAGAGGCAUCUUUAGCAGAGUGUUCACAUAAUGGAUGGGGAAAGCAUAAAUGUGAUCAUAGUAUGGAUGCAGGGGUCACAUGUUAUGGCUUGGAGCCACCUACAACAACCAAAGCACCUACAACAACCAUAGCACCUACAUCAACUACAGAACUACCUACAUCAUUUACAAAAGUUGUGCCUACCUCCUUGCUGGAACCUACAACAACAAUUCCAACUUCAGCAACAAGAUCAUCAAUGGCACAUACUUCCAUAGCACCUACAUCAUCUUUAGCCCCUACGUCAUCUCUGGCACCUACAUCUUCCGUGGGACCUACAACAUCUCCACCACCAGAACCCAUCUUCGUUCGUCUCACCGGCGUUGACCAUCCUUCGUUUGGUCGACUGGAAGUCAGGAAAAGUGGCGGGGACUGGGGAACGGUGUGCGUCAACAAAUGGGACAACAAUGACGCUGUGGUCGUGUGUCGUAUGUUGAACUUUCAACAGGUCAAACAGACGGGCUCUGUCGGGGUCUCAAUUCCUGGUCAUGGUGCUAUCUGGCUGGAUAACGUGCAGUGUAAUGGUACAGAGAGUUCCUUGGCAGAUUGCCGGCAUGGCGGGUGGAACGUGUCCAGCUGUAAUCAUACCAUGGACGUGGGGGUAUGGUGCGAAAAUCCAAUCACUCCAUCUCCAACUCCUGAGUCCUUCGAAAUACAGCUGAUAGGCGCCAAUCAUCCUUCGUUCGGUCGACUUGAGGUCAAGCGCAAUGGUGUCUGGGGGACCGUCUGCGCUAAUAACUGGGACUACAAGGAUGCAAUUGUUGUAUGUCGCAUGUUAGGCUACCGAUACGCUCGUACUUUUGGUUCGGUUGGUGGUUCUAUUCCUGGUAGUGGUACGAUUUGGAUGGAUAAUGUGCGGUGUAAUGGUACGGAGAAGUCGCUUUCUGAGUGCCGCCAUAACGGGUGGAAUGUGACAAGCUGUACUCACGCAAUGGAUGUAGGGAUUCACUGUGUUAACGACACUGACCUGAUGGUUCGUUUAGCAGAAAGCGAAAAGUUCGGAACAAAAGCUGCUGGCCGAGUUGAGGUCUUCAUCAAUAACGCGUGGGGAACAAUCUGUGACGACAAUUUCGAUGCUAAAGAUGCCACGGUCAUCUGCCGUAUGCUAGGAUACCGUUACCUCAUGUUGCGUGACAGGUUCAAUGUAGGGGGUCUCCUCCCGGGAUCAGGGCCCAUCAACAUGGACGAGCUCGCCUGUACCGGAAGUGAAAAGUCCGUGUUUGAUUGCCCGUAUGUGGGUGCGGCGAAAACCGACUGCCAUCACAAGGAAGACGUAGGGGUGUUCUGCUCACACAUACCAGUUAUACAGGUCCGCCUUGCCGGCACGUCCUACAAAUACGUGGGUCGCCUUGAAGUGGAAUACGAGGGGAACUGGGGCACAGUGUGCGCUAAGGACUGGGGCCAAGAGAGCGCGCAAGUCGCGUGUAGAAUGCUGGGUUACAAGUACGUGCGCAUGUCUGGAGUGGUGAACUCGCAUUUCACCGAAAGUGGGCCCAUUUGGCUACAGAGCGUCAAGUGUCGCGGUAACGAGUCCUCAUUGGCCGAUUGCCCUCACGAUGGGUGGGGUGUCCAUAGCUGUAACCAUAGCAACGACGUAGUGCUUUUCUGCAGCAACACUUCUGGACCAGAUAUAGAGGUGCGGUUGAGUGACGGUAACAGUCCCGCCGAAGGCCGUGUGGAGGUGUUUCAUACAAGGUUCUGGGGCACGAUAUGCCAGGAUGACUGGGACAACAUGGCGGGGCUCGUCACGUGUCGCAUGCUGGGAUACAAGUAUGUCUACUACAGCGGGAACUGGGGUCUGGUGCAUCCUGGGUCUGGAGACAUUUGGUUGGACAAUGUGCGUUGCCGUGGUAACGAGACAAGCUUGACGCAGUGUCGUCAUAAUCCUUUUGGAGUCCAUGACUGCAAGCACGAGCAUGAUGUUGGUGUACGAUGCGGCAAUGAUCCCAAGGAGAAACCACCCCCCAUUGUUCGGCUGACCAAUGGCAGCACGCCAACAGAGGGGCGCGUGGAACUUCUUUAUGGCAACCAAUGGGGAACCGUCUGCGAUGAUAACUGGGGUAUCCCGGAUGCUGACGUCAUAUGUCACAUGCUCGGUCUACCCGGUGCCGUGAAGGCUGUUACCGCUGGACAUUAUGGUGCGGGCUCAUUACCGAUGGGUCUCGAUGAAGUGGGUUGUCAUGGCAACGAGAGUGAUAUCUGGGACUGCGCAAGUGACGGUUGGGGCAAGCAUGACUGCGCGCCUAAUGAGGCCGCCGGUGUAGUGUGUGUGAGGAAACCCCUCAGACCUCAAGACGGCGGUUGUGACUUCACCAAAGGCAUGUGCCACUGGCAAAACACUUUCGACGGCGAUCAGUUUGACUGGGUGAGGAAGUAUGGCCCAACGCCCUCCGCGGACACGGGACCUACCGCUGACCACACCAACAGCAAUGGCUUUUACAUGUACGUGGAGUCCUCGUCAAACAAGCUUAACGAGUCAGCUCGUCUAGUAAGCCCUCUGCUGGACAGUAACGCGUCCUGUAUGCAGUUCUACUACCACAUGUACGGUAGCGGGGUCGGUUCUUUAAGAGUCAGAGGAGGCGGCAAAGUGCUGUGGGAACUCAGUGGUAGCCAAGGCAACAAGUGGCAAAAGGCGACCGUAGCGCUGGACAUCUUUGGUAUAUUUGAAGUCAUCAUUGAAGCUGUUCAUGGCGGCACAGACAAAGGAGAUAUCGCGAUUGACGACGUGUCAUUCCAUACAUACACGUGCAACAGGACCGCCGAGAGCGCAAUCCCAAGUAGGAUCACCAGCCUUACUAAACCCCAAAUGCCUGAAAAGCAAGCAAACUUUACCAUCUCAUGCGAGGCCACAGGGCUCCCAUCACCAACUGUCAGUCUCCUGAAUGGCUCUGUGAUCCUCGCAUCAGGUCGAGGCAAUGCUACGUAUGCUGUGAUUGGUGCAGAGCCUAAGCACACUGCGGUAUACCUGUGUGUUGCAAACAACAUGCACGGGAAUGACAGCAAGAUGACGGCAGUAGUUGUGCGACAUGAGCCUGUCAACACGGCACUUACAUUCAACGUGUCACACAACACUGCCAAACUUGGCGAAACGGUGGCCAUCACGUGCACAUCACGUGCCUAUCCUCAGGCUGCCUGCAACAUAUACUUCCAAGGCGCUAGCAUCAGCUCGGUCGGCGGGGUUGCUGUGGUUGCCUUCGACUCGUCCAAGCAAGGAGUUUACACUUGCAACUGCUCAAACGAAUACGGCGCAGACAGUGCAGAAAACACGCUGAGCGUGUAUGCGAGGCCACAAAUCCACGUCUUUUCUCCUUCUCUGCUGAACAUCAACGAAACAGACCCUUUCACUUUAUUUUGUAACGCCACCGGAAACCCUAAACCCGUGACGACCAUCAGGAAAGUCGGAAGUGACCGUGCACUUCCGAUACAGGGAAUGCUUGUGGUUCCUAGGAGCUCUCGGACGGAUGAAGGCGUGUACACGUGUCACGCUAGUAACGGAAAAGGAUUCGUGGACACGAGAAACGCUACUGUUAAUAUCGUCAGGCGUUUCCCGCUCAUUGACACUCCCCCUCAUAAUGUAUCAAUGGUAGAGGAUCCCGUGCGGAGCAUCCAGCUGUUCUGUAACGCCACAGGGUUCCCAAUCCCGACAAUAACCUGGUGGAGGGAGGGUGCACCUAAUCACGUGGAUAACGGCCCAGUUUUCACUCUGCCGGUGACGAAACAGAACAGGGGCUCUUACAGAUGCAAGGCCUCGAAUGGAGUCGGAAACCCUGUGGAGGCACUGUUUUAUAUCGAAAUCAAAUACAAACCUGAUGGAACCAUCCUUAAAACGGAUCGCACAAAUGACGUUGCCGUAGGUAACGACCGCGUGGCGCUGACCUGUACCGCAGACGCAUAUCCACCCGUACAUCGCUACUUAUUGUACCGUAACGGGUUCCCUGUAUCUUCUUCACAAUCUGGUGUUUACGUCAUCGACAAGGCUAAGGAAGACGACCAGGGAGUGUACCAGUGCGUGCCUGAAAAUGCCGUGGGAAAUGGUACCACCGCUAACGUCACAUUACGCGUAUUUGGAACCCUGUCUAUCACGCAUGCGCCACGUAACGUAACCGCUGCCGAAAAUUCUGAUGUCACGCUCUUCUGUAACGCAACGUCUGUCUUUCACGUGAUGCCUCUUCCGGCGAGUAUCACGUGGGUCAAGCUGAAUGACGCCAAUGUCACGCUACCGGAGGGCAAGAGUCUGGUUUUGAGAGGUGUCACGCGAAGGGAUAGGGGGAUGUACGAGUGUCAGGCGAGAAAUGGCAUCGCCCGCAUGGAGUCAGCCACAGCAUAUGUUGACGUUAAAUAUAUUCCUUACGAUACAAAACUGACAUCGAGCGCUAUCCAGAACACUGUGUUCAUCAAUGAGUCGGUGACGCUGACCUGUACCGCGGACGCCAACCCGCCCGUCACGCAAUACAAGAUCUUCAGGAAUGACGCGUAUCUUGUUAGUGUUCUUGACGGCGUGUAUAACAUCUCUACUUUUAGCGCGGCUGAUAACGGCACCUACAAAUGCGUGGCGGAAAACAACCAAGGCAAAGGCGCACCCGCCUAUCUUACUCUUGAGCUCGCCGGUCCGUGUGGCAUUCGGCCGAUCGUCGGUUCGAGCCUUCAACAGAUCGUGGGUGGAAAGGUGACGGAGCACGGCGCGUGGCCAUGGCAGGUUCAAAUCGGCUACAAAACAAUGGGACACAUCUGCGGGGGCUCCAUCGUGAAUAGUCAGUGGAUCGUGACAGCUGCCCAUUGCGUGACUACGAAACCUCCAGGAGCGUCACGCUACACCAUGUACGCAUUUAGUGAUCUUAAUGUUACUUUAGGCGAGCACCAAUUGUACCAGCUUGACGGCUCUGAGCAGAACAUCCCAAUAGAAGGAAUCGUGGUCCAUCCAUCUUACAAUGAUCUCGACUACGAUAUCGCACUGCUCAAGCUACGCCAGCCAAUCACGUUUAACGCCUAUGUCUCCCAGGUAUGCCUGCCUCAGGCCGCGCUGCUUGCCGGGACCCCUUGUUACGUAUCAGGGUGGGGACGGAUCGGAGAGUCAUCCCCAGGCUCUAACGUCCUGCAGGAAGCGUCAAUACCGCUGGUCGAUCAGCGCGCCUGCGAGGAACAGUAUAGGAACCUCAAGCCGAUCACCGCGCGUAUGCGGUGCGCGGGGAUUUAUGGGACGCCUAAGGGCACGUGUAAGGGGGACAGUGGAGGGCCUCUCGUUUGCGAGAGCAAAGGACGAUGGGUAUUGAUGGGUGUGACAAGUUGGAGUUAUAAUGGGUGCGCGGACUCGGGAUAUGCCGGAGUGUAUGCAGACGUGGUUUACUUUAAAGACUGGAUACGGCAGACAGUCAGUACGUAAGGCCUUUGGAAAGGCCAGGCAUGGUUUUCAUGACAAAUGCAAUGGUUUGUGCCAUAGCACAAACCAUUGCAUUUGUGGUAAUAUUUAUCCAUAAUUCAAAUCUAUAGAUUUUGUAAAUAUUUAGAACAAAUUACAUGCAUUUGCUGCAAGCCAGCAAAAAAAACAUAUAUAUUUUAGAUACAUUUCAAAAUGUAAAUAAUAUUCUUUUUUCAUCAUACAUUCAAGAUAAAUAGUUUACACAUUUCCGAUUUCUUUCUUGUGUUGUUUUUUCUCUUUUGGUGUCAAGAAAUAAAUACUCUGAAAAUCUUUAUAAAAAACAAAUAGUAAAACUAUUUUUGUAAAGAUGUCUGCAUUCGCUGCACAUAUCAACUGUUUUUGGGUUUACAUAAUUUCUUUCAAGAAAUAUUUUUUAUGAUUUAUUUAAAUAAGACAGAUACAAAGGAUCGUAAAAAUAUCAACGUGCACAGUCUCACAAAAGGAACACGAGAUGUGAAAGGGAUCAAAUCGUCUUUCCAAGAAUGCAUUCGUUUGUUGUUUAUCAUAAGAAAGACAAUGUUUUAUAUUUUUAGUUGACCCGUAAAGUAAAUAAUUUACCUCUGUCGCUCAUUAAGUCAAUAUAUCAAGGCAUGAGAACUUUCAAGUAUUCCAUUUCUCUUUUUUUUACAUAGUUAUAAGAAAAUUAAUAAGUAUUUAGUUAAUAAAAGAUAACAUUCUAUGCUAA